AUGCCACUCGAGGCAACCCUCAGGCAUCAGUGUGCUAACUGGUGCCAUCGUCGGAGGACGUAUAGCUCCGUGGUUCACGUUUGUUUUGAAGGGCUUCACGCCUUUUCGUCUAUUUUUACCAUGGCUGAAAAGGAUGCCUGUCGUAAACUAAAAGAACAUUUGGAAAUUGAUCCAGACCUUUUUUUUUUUUUUUCAUCACCGGUGACGAAAUUUGUUGCUAUGGCGACGACCCGGAAACGAAGCAGCAAUCAAGUCAGUGGAAGCAUCCAACGUCACCACAACCCCACAAAAAAACGCGUCAAUGAUCUAUCUAUCUAUCUAUCUAUCUAUCUAUCUAUCUAUCUCUCUCUAUAUAUAUAUUUUUUUUCUAUUUUCGUUAAAUUUUCCAUUUUUCAAGAUGUUAAAACACUUCUGUUGACAAUACGUCUUUCUUUCUUUCUUUCUUUCUUUCUUUCUUUCUUUCUUUCUUUCUUUCUUUCUUUCUUUCUUUCUUCAUUCAUCCUUUCUUUCUUUCUUUCUUUCUUUCUUUCUUUCAUUCUUUCUUUCUUUCUUUCUCUCGCUGAAGGCAAACAGCGCCUUUUCCUCUCUUUCCAAGGAAUAAUCCAUUAUUUAUGA